ACUCACUAGCGCGCCUAAGCGGAAUUUUGCUGAAAGUGCCGCUCUUUAGCAAAAGAAAAACAAAUAUUUGCAUGUCUAUUUGCACGGGUUUUUAUCAGUGAAUAAAUAGUAAAAACAUUACUCAAGUGAACAGAAAAUAGAAUAGUAUUAUUUUCGAUUAAAAUAUUGCAGUGUAAGAGAAGAUAAGUAUAUAAUCCCUCGAAUUUUUCACCCCCAAAAUUUCCACCUUCCACCCCUCAAAAUUUCCACCUUCCACCCCCCGGAGACCACUUUUGUCAACAAAUUUUCACGUAUCAGACGAGUUCUGAGAAAUGUCGUCACGCUGUUUGUCCGACUGUCGCCAGCUCUAGAGGCCAAACGCUCGUCACCUCACAUUGAGUACUGAUAACAGCAAUAUAAAUUUGGAGAUCAAACACGGAGAAAUUUUCCCAGUCAAUUCUCUUCUAUUGGAGGAGUUAACAGACAACAAAUAAUUCUUUACGUAUUUGGAAAGUGUGAAUAUGGCGCUAAAAUGGGGAAUUGUGACUACAGGAUUCAUUGCACACGAUUUCGUAAAUGCUCUGUCCAGUCUUCCGGCAAAUGAGCAUGAAGUUGUGGCAGUUGCAGCGCGAAAUAAGAACAAAGCUGAAGAAUUUGCAGCUACUCACGGGAUUCCGAGGGCAUAUGAAGGUUACGAAUCAAUUGCAAAAGAUCCAGAAGUUGAGGUCGUCUAUGUGGCUGCCCUCAAUCCCAAUCACUAUGAAAUUUCUAAGCAAAUGCUUGAGCAUGGGAAGCAUGUUCUUUGUGAGAAACCUUUGUGUAUGAACGAGAAGGAAGCCAGAAAAUUGAUAACUUUUGCGGAAUCCAAAAAGCUCUUCCUAAUGGAAGCCAUCUGGUCGCGAUUCUUCCCCAGCUACCGAUACCUCAAGCGUCAGAUUGAAUCUGGAGCUCUGGGGGAUAUCAAAGAAGUUAAUGUAACAUUUGGCUUCCAUCUGGACAGCGAUAGGGUUCAGAAAAGAGCACUGGGAGGAGGAACAAUUCUUGAUCUUGGAGUGUACACCAUUCAAGUAAGCCAAUGGGCUUUCAGGGAACCUCCGAAAGAGAUCAAGGCUACAGGAAAGCUAAACGACGAUGGAGUGGAUAUAGAGACGAAAAGCGAACUAAUUUACAGCACUGGAGUGGCCAAGAUUCAAACCAGUGCCACUAAGAAACUCAAAAAUGAGGCAGUUAUUAUUGGAACAAAGGGACAAAUCACGCUGAAUGACACAUUCUGGUGUCCAAUUUCCCUAACGGACAUUGAUGGAACUGUAAAGACUUGGCCUCUGCCAAACGGUAAGGAUCCCCAUUUCAACUUCCUCAAUAGCUGUGGGCUCCGUUACGAAGCCGAAGAGGUCAGACAGUGUAUCAGGGCUGGACUUUUGCAGAGUGAACAUGUUUCGCACAACGAUAGCCUCGUCAUUGCGAAAAUUGAAGAUGAAAUUCGCCAACAGAUUGGUGUGAAAUACGAUGCAGAUGAACAGUAAAUUGAUCAAAUACUCUUUGAGAGAAGGAAAAAUGGUGCUGAAUUGGAUUAUUUUGAAGUGCUUUUGAAUAAAAUAAACGAGUUUCCAUUUCAA